UGUGCUCCAACUACCAAGGUACCUGAUAAUACCUGCGUUGCGGUGCCCAAGAUACUCACGCAGUAUCGUUAUCGUCCUUACGCGCCAUGGCCCAAGACUGCUAGCACGCUUCAGUAAUGAGGUUUGACCUCCUUUGAUCUGCCGUACCUCCGCCUGUGAGUCUUCCAUGGUCAGUUUCUGCCCCGAUGAGAAACUGAACGACUUGUUCACUGCCAUGACCCUUCGAUUUCCUCCGAACUGAAGUAGUGAAUGACACUUUCUCGUCCCAUACACCUUACCGUACCUACCUAUCUCACCACAUUUAGGUGCUACCGCCGCCCACUCAGCAGAGCGCACUUUUACCCCGCCAUCCAAUUCUUUGCAGCAACAACUCUCAAUACACAUCCCACUCUCUAUUCCUUUGCUUCUCUCUACAACCCCGCACUCUCUCGCGCAGACAACGCCGCAAUUUAAAAACAAAAAGAAAAGACAGACAUAUUCAGUCAAAAUGGCAGGUGGACAGCCAGGAUCCAACUCUCGCGGCCGCGGUGGCAAGUUCAGAAAGUUUACCCGUGGAGGUGGCAAGCACUUCUCCCGCGAUCUCAGACCUCUCGACGCCGAUGGCAACGAAAUCGAUAUGUGGUCUGCCGACUCGAAGAAGAAGAAUGACGAAAGCUCCGAGGAGGAUUCUGAAGAGGAUUCCGAGGAAGAGUCCGGCUCCGAUGAAGACGGCAAGCCCCAGGCCGAGAUGUCCCGCGCCGAGCGAAAGGCUGCCGCUAAGGCCCGCAAGGACGCCGCCAUAGCCAAGAAGAGAGCCCAAGCCGUGGAGGUCGGCGACCUGCCCCCUUCCGACUCAGAGGAGGAGAGCAGCGAGGAUGACGCCGACAUGCCCGCCAACCCCAACCACUCCAAGGCCGCCCGUAACCAGACGAAGGCGCCAGUCGCCGCCCCCGAGGUUGACGAGGCCGCCGAGGGCGUCAAGAAGCUGGCUGUCGCUAGCAACCGCAAGGAGCGCGAGAGCAUGGAAGCUGCGCAAGCCAAGGAGAGAUACCGCAAGCUGCAUGAGGCCGGCAAGACGGACGAGGCCAAGGCCGACCUUGCGCGCUUGAGACUCAUUCGUGAGCAGAGAGCUGCCGACGCUGCCCGCCGGGACGCUGAGAAGGAAGAGCGCGAAGCCCAAGAGGCCGCUAAGAGAAAGGAGAUUGAGGCAAAGGAGGCGAAGAAGAGAGAGGCCGCUCUCGGUCCCGUCAAGAAGGGCAAGAAGUCUAGCAAAUAAGGCGACUUGGUAUUCUUUGGACACACCCGGAUGCAACGUCAUACCAUAUCAUACCAUCGUUCUUCCAGGUUCAUAUUCGUUCGCAGCAUAGCGUGCAUCGGAUACCCAAGUCUGAGCCACAAUGUGAACAAAAUCUUGCUUUUCCGAUCCCGUCUGUGCUCACAGAUGGCCAACC